AUGACUGAUUUUGAAUCUACUUACUUGGAGGAAUUCGAUUCCUUAGAAGAAAAUUAUAAUGAAGCUUUCACCAUUCAUCCAUUGAUUUUUGAAAAUGCCCGAGCUUUAAUACGUGAUAAAUGUGAAUACAUUGACUUGGAUGAGAUUGAAUCUAUAAAUGCUGAUCUCCUUAAAGAAUUCUCCCCAACAAUGGAUGAUGAAAUGGAUAUAGAAAUUGAAGAGACCCCUGCAAAAAUUCAAAAUUUAACACUAUGUGUAAUUAUAGAUUACAUUGAUGAUGCACAUGCAGUUGAAAAUAUUCAAGGCAAUAGCACAACAAAUUUACG